GAGUAAAGCGUGCAAAAUAAAAGACCCCUGCGUUUUUAUUAUACUGGAUUAAGGGGGAAGAAAAGGAUCUCGUUGCAAAACCGAUCGAGCCCUGAAAACAGGGUGGGCGGAAACAUUUCCGAGAUCAAGAUAGUCCAGCUGCAAUUGCGAGAGGCCUCCCCCUCUUUCCCUUCCCCAAGUUUUGAAACGGAUCUCCUUGCUAUUUGCGCGCAGCGAUGGACCACCGAGGCGCUAUUCCGAAGAGAGGCGCCUAGUGAUGCUGGCUGGCCCCGGGCCGGCUAAAGCAGAGCACCAUCUCUUUGGUUCGCCUCCGCUCACUCUCUCCCCGCCUCCCUCCCUUUCCCUCCAGGGAUGAUCCUCCUCCUAAGUCGGAAGGGCUGCUGAGGUCAGAGACAGACGCCAGCUGAGUUUGGGACGCAGCAGCGACGGUUUUUGCGCGGAAAGUGAAUGACGGCGCAAGUCGAGAGUUGACGCUCCUUUGGCAACAAGAGCACCCAAAAAGCCAGGCGGGGUACCUGGUGGGGGCUCCAUGAUGUGGGCCAGGGUUCCGCCGAGAUGGGUGCCGUUUCCUCCACGCACCCGGGACAGUUUCAGGUCUGCAAGAUGCGCCUGAUCUUGGACUAAGCGGCGAAGGGAGCCGGGGUUUAAAGGGAUUUCCUGGAGCAAAGCAAAAGUCUCCUUGGGGAUGGCUGUGAAUCCGGAAGAUGACGACGUCCCCCUCAUUCUCACCUUGGAUGAGGGCAGAAGUCACGGUCCCGAUCCGGAGGGGCUACCCAGCGAAAACCCAGAUGGAGGCAACUAUGACUUGGUCAGUGACACGUCCAGCCCAGCCGCUGGGGACUGCCACCCUCGACGGAGCUGCGGAGGACAAAACUGGGAAAUGAACUACCAGGAGUCAGCAAUUUACCUCCAGGAAGGAGAAAACAACGACAAAUUCUUCACGCACCCUAAGGAUGCCAAAGCGCUCUCUGCCUACCUCUUUGUACACAACCAUCCCUUCUACCUAAUGGAACUGACCACAGCACUGGUGCUCCUGAUGCUCUCCCUCUGUGAGGCGCCUGCGGUCCCUAUGCUUCGCCUUGGCAUCUAUAUCCACGCGACCCUGGAGCUGCUUGCCCUGACUGUUGUGGUGUUUGAGCUCUCUAUGAAGAUGAGAUGGCUGGGCCUGCACACCUACAUUCGACACAAAAGGACCAUGGUCAAGAGCUGUGUUCUGUUGCUGCAGUUUAUAGAGGCAAUUGUAGUGUUGGUGCGUCAGACAUCCCAUGUCCGGAUCACGAGAGCCUUGCGAUGCAUCUUUCUGGUGGACUGCCGUUACUGUGGAGCUGUCAGAAGGAACCUACGACAGAUUUUCCAGUCUCUUCCUCCGUUUAUAGACAUCCUCCUGCUGCUGCUUUUCUUCAUGGUCAUCUUUGCUAUCCUUGGCUUUUAUUUGUUCUCUCCUAACAAGUCUGAUCCUUAUUUCAGCACCUUAGAGAACAGCCUUGUGAAUCUUUUCGUUCUACUGACUACAGCGAAUUUCCCAGAUGUGAUGAUGCCCUCUUAUGCCAGAAGCUCCUGGUCUUGUGUCUUUUUUAUUGUGUAUCUUUCCAUUGAGCUGUACUUCAUUAUGAAUUUGCUACUCGCCGUUGUGUUUGAUACUUUCAAUGAUAUUGAAAAGAAGAAGUUCAGAUCACUGCUGCUUCACAAGCGCACAGCCAUACAACACGCCUACCAACUGCUUGUCAGCAAACAGAGACCCUCUGGAAUCUCCUUCAAGCAGUUUGAUGGGCUGAUGCGGUUUUAUAAACCUCGGAUGAGCGCUCGAGACCGUUACCUUACCUUCAAAGCACUGAAUCAAAGCAAUACCCCUUUAGUCAGUCUAAAGGAUAUGUACAAUUUCUAUGAAGUUGUUGGUUUAAAAUGGAAGGCUAAAAGGAACCGGGAACAUUGGUUUGAUGAUCUUCCACGGACAGCGUUCCUUAUUUUUAAAGGCAUUAAUAUACUUGUGAAUUCCCGGGCCUUCCAGUAUGCCAUGUAUACUCUGUUGGCAGUGAACGGCCUCUGGAUCCUAGUGGAAACCUUUAUGUUGCGAGAUGGGAUCUUCUCACGAGAUGUCCCUUGGAGUUACAUUGUCUUCCUUACAAUCUAUGGGGUUGAAGUGCUCCUGAAGAUCACUGGAUUGGGGCCUAUUGAAUACCUGUCAUCUGGCUGGAACCUCUUUGAUUUUUCUGUCACCUUGUUUGCAUUCUUGGGCCUCCUGGCACUGGCGUUAAACAUGGAGCCGUUCUACUUCAUUGUAGUCCUGCGGCCUCUGCAGUUACUGAGGCUGUUUAAGCUGAAGAAACGCUACCGGAAUGUCUUGGAUACCAUGUUUGAGCUGUUCCCCAGAAUGGCCAGCCUAGGUUUAACAUUGCUCAUCUUCUAUUACUGUUUCGCCAUCAUUGGCAUGGAGUUCUUCUCAGGAAAGCUCUUCCCAAAUUGCUGCAAUGCCAGCACGGUGGCAGAUUCCUAUCGCUGGGUCAACCACACCGUGGGAAACAGGACAGUGAUGGAAGAAGGCUACUACUAUCUCAACAACUUCGACAAUGUUUUGAACAGUUUUGUUACCCUGUUUGAGUUGACAGUCGUCAACGACUGGUACAUCAUUAUGGAAGGGGUGACAUCAGAGACUUCGCACUGGAGCCGCCUCUAUUUCAUGAUUUUCUAUAUUGUGACCAUGGUGGUGAUGACAAUAAUUGUAGCCUUUAUAUUGGAGGCGUUCGUGUUCCGUAUGAACUAUAGCCGGAAGAACCAAGAUUCAGGAGAAGACAUGGGCAUUGUUUUCGAGAGAGAAGUCUCCAAGGAAGAACUGACAGCUGUCGCAGAGCUAUAUGGAAGGAACGGCAUUGCCUCGGCUGCCAGCCAGCUGCUCAAGGUCGUUUCCCAGAUGGACAGGCACAGGCAAACGACCAUGCUGUUCCUGGGGCGGCGAUCGAGGACCAAAAGCGAUUUAAGCAUGAGAAUGUAUGAGGAAGAGAUACAGGAGUGGUACGAAGAGCACUCUAGGAAAGAAGAAAGGCAGUUUCCCUGGCAGGAUGACCAGUCGCUCCAUCAGCCCUCGCCGUUUCCAGGCCUCCGCCAGCGCUCUCAGACCAUUAUCUAAGCCCAGCUAACUUAAGCUGCUGAUUUGUCUGCUGUGCAUUAACCACCCCGUUCACUUACUUUGCAAAGUACGUCUCAGAUUAAUGCAUAGCGUAGCCUGGCAGAAGAAGGUCUCCUGGCGCUCUUGUGUAAGAGAGGUUUGGCUCUCCUCUUUUGCAAAAGCUCAUCCCUGUACUAGGGCCAUUAAGGCAUAACCAGAGUACUGCAGGAUGGCUGGGCAUUAUGCAAGGGAUGGGGGCUGGUUAACAGGGUAGCCACAGUGAAUGCUUCUGGGAUUUGUCUAGUGUAAAGCAGCCAGGGGUUAAUUUGGCUAUCUUUCCCCAGUACAGCUGGAUAAAAUAGUCAGCUGAAGUUAUACAAUCAGGCUGCUUUUCCCCAGGCAUUCCAGCCUCCCAGAAGUGGGUGGCUGGCAUCAGCAGAAAAAAACAAAAUACCACCAUUUACUGCCACUGUUUGCCUGUCUCUAAUUGUAACUAGGCUGCCCAGUUUUCAGCAGGACUGCCCUUUUGAGGUUCAGUUCUGUCCUCAUCAUCUCCAUAAUGGUUCAAUAAGCUGCUGUGGCUCUACAGCAUUUUCCCUUCUCCAACAAGGUUUGUUCCCUGUUGGGCACAAGUCCUCUACUCUCAAACUGGCUGUAACCUGGAAACUGGUGAAUGAAGGAAUCCUACCACUGCAACUAGCAGAGGGCUGCUCGUCGUGGUGGAAGCAGCUCAGCCUGUGGGCAUGUGUUAAAAGCAAUAACUUUGAAAGAAGGAAAACUGACCAAGGUGUAAUCCUGCAGUCACUGCACAGCAGGGUCCAGGUUGAUCCGCAUCACUUGCUGCAAUUUAUUUUUUAUUUUUUAAAAAUUACCAGCUCUUUAUUAGCCGUUGGCUCUGUCUGACAGCCCUCCACCACACAAGCUAGAGGCAAACAGCGAUGCAGCAGAGUUCUCCUUUGGUUUGCAAUAUGAACAUUUGACAACAUGUAAUGCUUGCCUCAAAAAUGACGGUACUGCAGGCUUCCCAAAUUCUUCUCCGGCUUAGAAUGUUACUCUGAGCUGGAGAAGAAUUCCAUGCCUCCCACUUACCUACCUAAACUCUGUUGCUUAUAAGCAGAGAGGAAAGGUCUUUCUCCCCGUGAACUGUUAAUAUUCCCAGCAGCACUGGGAAAUGGAGCUUUCCUUCUCCUCUUGACGGUAUGCCAUAGCAGCACAUAGUGAAGGCAAAGGGGAAGAGACAGAAUUUCCUGGUGCAAGAUAAACAAGCGUGACGGUGCUUUUAUUUGUCCAAUUUUAACUUUAGUAGGCUCAUAAUAAGCCAAGCUGUUUCCCAGGUGGUGUUUUUUUUAAAGAAUAAGGGCUUAUUCUGAGCAAAUCUGUGUUACCACAAGUAAGACAGCGUAGUGUGUGUUUGCAGAAUCGCAGCUGACCUGAUCUGUCCUGAAGACAGACAAGGAGCUUUCCCUAUGGUGGUCAGGGAAGAUGUUCCCUUGAGACAGAUUCUGUCGGCAGAAGCAACCAUUGGUCUUGCAGCACCUGCCUCUAGGCAGAUUCUAAAACCCCAGAUAGUGGCCUGCUCAGGGAAGCCAUGCCUGUUUAACUCAGUUCCAGCCUUCCUUAAGGAGAGAUCGCUUAUGUACAGCAGUACCAAGUGCUGCCUAAGAUGAGGGUGAGAGUUCUGUGGAAGUUUGGGGUUCACACACUGCAGAAAACAUCAACCAGCAGUGAUUGCUGCUUCUGCCUCUUUUGGGGGUGCAUAUAACUUAUUUGCUGUGAUGGAAGGCAAAUUCCAACCUCGUGAUGGUGAAAUGGAAGUUUUGUGCCCCUUCGUGUACCAGACCACUAACUAGCCCAAGGCUAGCCAGUGUGUUGGCCUCCAGAUGUUGGUGAGCUCCAUCAUCCCUGCAUGGCCAGAGAUGAUGGGAAAUGGAGCCCAUCCACAUAUGGAGGGCGCCGUGUUGGCUACCCCUUGAACUAGACUAAGGAUCAAACCUGUGUGCAGCAUUUAUCUGGGCCAACAGCCGCCUCCACUGGUUAUAAACACUUGGGGCCGCUAUUGUUAAAAAGUGUUUUUCUCCUAAUAGCUGAGUACAGUUUCUGCUGCUCUACAAAGCUGGAGUCUGAGGCUUUGAGGGAAACACAAUUGCUCUCCGUAGAAUAUUGCUGUUGUUUCAGAACAGAGACAUGCUUCCUGAGCUGUACUGCUAACUAACUGACCUGUCACUCAACUUGCACUGUAUAUGCCCCCCUCCCCAACUCCUUACCAGAAUAAGCUAGUGAUAAUUCCAGAAACUGCUUCCUGCAGGGUGGAAGGAAAAACAAACCUCAGCGAGUCUACCUUCUAACUUGUCUUUUCUCCUUGGCUUCCUCCAACACUUAACUCCAAAGACAAUCACUUGCAGGAAAGUAACACGGUGGGAGGUUUUGUUCGCUGCGAGUUUGUAUGGCAACUGUAAUGAUGACGUCUGAAACAGUGUUAUAGAGAUAUUUACAGGCACAUUUAAUAAACCUUUUAAAGCGUUC